GGCCAUUGUACAAAUCGCUGAUCAUUUGCCGCCGCUCCGCACCCCACACUGACCCGGCUAUUGAUCUCGGCCUGGUGUGUACCGAUUGUAAAGUUAAAUCGCGACGUUAGUUGAGUGUUUACUCCGCGCGUAUCCGCUGCCUGCAUUAUUUAUUACGCUCCCACGCAUCCACUACUUGGGAAUUUCACCGCGCACGGCCGCAUAAAUCGCCGGCGGCCGUACAUAUUAAAUUAAUUGCCGGGCGGCCGUUAAUUGUUACGUAAACUGCCGGCGGCCGUUUAAUUAUUAUUUAUUGUGAUAAUUAAAAUGGCGGAAUCACGUCUGCGCACCAGCUCCACCCACAGCACCAUCAGCGUCCACUACCGCGGCGUCGGCGACGGCAGCGGCGACGGCUCCGUCCACCUGACCGCCACCCCCCGCGGCUCCCGCGACGAGCCCCCGCCCUACCCGGACCCCGCCCACCCCAUGCCGGCCAGCCUCAGCUCGCCGCUGCUGCACGUGCGCAGCAGCUACGCCGCCAGCCGUACCAGCUUCUCCACGGCGCCGGACGACCUCCUGGAAGACCAGAACACCGAUCUGGCCGGGGACUCGGUGUGCGGCCGGGCCUGCUUCACCGAAUGCUGCAGCACGAUGGGCUGUAUCCGCUUCGUGAUUUUACUAUGUAACGCCGUCGGCUUCGGGCUGCUGUACUGGGAGUAUGUGUACUGGAGCGGGUUGCCCGCGGAUGCCGGGUAUAAUGAGCGGAAAAAGGUCGGGUUGCGGCUGGCGUUCGGCUGUGUGAUUUUGUUCUUCGCUUACCCGGUGUACUUGGGCGAUGUGUUCUAUGCCAGCGACACGUUUAAGGCGUUAAGGAAGAUGGCCUCCCGGGCCGAUCUCCAGAAUCAUCUGGAUGCUGUCGCGCGUGGCCAGCCCAGCGUCACCUGGCACAUGAAGUGUUUCCAUCAGGACAACCGCACCGUGACCAUCACCGCGCCGGACGGCACCUCGCGCACCGAGCACCACAACGAGAAGGUCAUCGUCUGGACGGGCGAGGAGACCUUCCACUUCCGCGGCUGGGAGGACGUCAGCCCGGGGGAGCAGCUGGCCCCCACGGGCUCCUACCAAACCGUGACCUUUCAUAAAAAGUACGUCCUGGCCGAUAAGCGGUCGCGCGAGGCCUUCCAGGCGCAGAAGGAGGCCUUCGUCAACGCCAACCGCCGCCGGGAUCAGGAGUACAGUCUGGAGGAGACCUUCGAGGUGGACGGCUUCCUGCCGGGGAUGGUGGCCCGCACCCGGUCCUGGUCGCUAACGCUGAAUAUGGGGUUGUAUGUGUUCUUUGGGCUGGCGUUUUUGCACCAGCCCUGGUCGUGUAUUAUUCGUUUGGGCGAACGCCGGAUUAGUUACCACCACGUCAAAAAGCUGUCCGUCUAGACUGGUGAAUAUAGCCGGAAUUUUUAUAUGUGACUCAAUAGUUUAGCUACAAAUCUUGCCAGAAAGUGAAGUAAAAUUAGGCGCGUCCAGA